ACGAUUUUCUUUCCCUCCCUAAACACGAGCAGGAGGUGUGGUGGUUUGGUGGAGAAAUGAGGAGUCUUAUCAGGUUCAUCGUGAGAAGAAAUUUAGCAACAACCAGUAACCCUGUUUCACCUUCAUCCUUGCGAUCCUAUUGCUCACACUCACCGCCUUCAACUUCCACUCCCAACUCCAAACUCUUUGUUGCAGGAUUAUCAUGGUUGGUUGAUGAGAAAUCCUUGAAAGACGCCUUCUCUUUGUUUGGACACGUUUCUGAAGUGAGGAUAAUGUAUGAUAAAGACAGUGGUAGGUCAAGAGGUUUUGGGUUUGUUCAUUUUUCUAAUGCAGAUGAAGCCAUGUCUGCGAAAGAUGCAAUGGAUGGAAAGGCAUUGUUAGGUGGACCAUUAAGGAUAAGUUUUGCUCUUGAAAAGGUUCGCGGUGCUCCUGUUGUAGUCCCUCGUCUGCCUAACACCUGACGCCAAUGCUUCAGCUCUGCAAGUGGGAAUGUCUCAGGAAAGGCGGGUUAAU